UCAGCUCCGGCCAGUGUCGGGAGCCGGAGAGAUCUAAUAUCGCACUUGGACACAGAGGACCUCAGUGUGCAGAACUCCAGAGAGACGAUGGCUUCAGCCGGCCUGGAAAUCCUGGGCAUGAUUCUGUCUGUGGCUGGCUGGCUGGGAGCAAUGGUGGCCUGCUGCCUGCCCAUGUGGCGCGUGGCGGCGUACGUGGGUCAGAACAUUGUGAUCACACAGGUAGUGUGGGAGGGCCUGUGGAUGAGCUGUGUGGUGCAGAGUACAGGCCAGAUGCAUUGUCAGAUCUACGAUUCCAUGUUAGCGCUGCCCAGUGACCUGCAGGCUGCACGAGCUCUGGUUGUCAUCGCUGUGUUCAUUGGCGUAGUGGCCAUGACGCUGGCUGUAGCAGGCGCCAAGUGCACCAACUGUACGUCGGAUGUGUCCAGCAAACCUCGCAUCAUGCUGGGUGCCGGUGCAGCGUUCGGCAGCAGCGGGCUGUUAUUGCUUGUGGCCGUGUGCUGGUCAGCCUACACCAUUGUCCUGGACUUCCAUGACCCACUGCUGCAGGACACGCAGAAGAGGGAGUUCGGGAACUCAUUGUACUUCGGCUGGGGCGCCUCCUGCCUGCUCAUCCUAGGGGGAGCCAUACUUUCCUGUUCAUGUCGUUCCAGAGCACCCAAGGAUCCUGUGUCUAUUGGAGCACAGUACUCAACGGUGAAAUCAGUGGCUGCAAAUGGAUAUUGCAGAAGGGACUAUGUUUGAAUGGUGUAGGUUGGUAAAAGAGCGUGCAUUCAGUGAAUAAAAACUGUGCUGGAAUUUUAUUCACUAGGAAAAACACCAGAGAGAUAUGAUCGAAUGGUUAUAUAUGAUUGAACUAUGGCAUAGUGUUAAUUCAGUCAGCAACAGUAAGCCAAUAGAUGUGUUCUUUAGCCUGUAGGUCUGAAAUAGAUGUAUUAGUGUGUAAUAACCUUUGUGUUACAUCUAGAUUUUGAGACACAAUGAGAAAUCUGUCUAACUGAACAAUGUUGACUAAAUAGGUAUCCAACAUGUCUAAUUAUGUUGCAAUUCUCAUUAAGUUACAUUACAGGCCCUCAGAGUUUACUGGUUAAGGCUGAUGGGCAUUGCAAGAUUUAGUAAUGAAACAUUUUCUGAAGGUAAUAAAGUUCUUAUAACAAGUCAGUCAGCACAUAAAUGUUUCCUGCGAUAUUGCAGCUUUUCGUCUACUUCUAAAUGGAUGACCAUUCCCGGAAACCCGAGACUUUGCAAAGGUAAGCUGGAUGAGCUGAAAUAAGGAAUUCUUAGUCCAAAGUGCUCUAUAUCAUUUGAAAUCUACCCAGCUCUUGAGGGGCUGCAGCACAUUGGAAAUUACCUCCCUGCAUCAGUGUAGACGUGACUGGGUACAAUGCAGCCGUUGUUCUGAGACCUUCUUCUGCUCCUUUGUGUCCACUGCUCAAUUCUUUAAUUCAGGGAAGUGUAACUGAAACUAGCCACCAUGAGAUGAAAGCACCUUCCUUUUUGCUUAGUUGGAGCUAAGUCUGCAAAGUCCCUGCGCUGUGGCAUUCCUUUGUCUUGCUGGUAGAACAUAGUUGAAGGACAAAUGCAGUUUUCCAAAUAUUGGACUUUUUUAGUCAAUACUGGGUUCAGGAAAAUUACUACAUUAGAGAAAUAUAAUUUAAUAUUUGAAAACUACUAUAUGGAAAAGAAUACAUUAAAGAAUGCAGAGAAAUGUGAUAAAGCCUAAAUCACCCAAAAGAGUAAUACAUAAUGGAUUAACAGUGCCACUAACAAUUAUAAAGCAAUCAGUUAGAUGCUGCUAUGCAGCAAAUGUAAUAUAUUAGAGCAAUAUAUUUUUAACCGACUUUAUAUAACCCAUUGUAAUUUUUUUUGUCUUUAAGUUUUCCCUGUUUGAAAUAAACUCUGCAAACACACAGCUAAGUUCAAAAUUUCAGGUUUGAUUAGCAUGGAGUUUGCUAGCUUUGAAAUACUACCAUUAUAGGUUAACAAGACACUCAAAGCAACAACAUGGAUUUGCUUCCAAAUGCUCUUAAAGAGAAAAUUCUUCUCAUCACGGGAGUUCAUUCAGUGCAUGCUUCAAUGAUUGAACUGAUCUGUCUUGCACACUCUUGGAUUUGAGCCAGGCUUUUGAAACUUAUAUUGGUAUAUGAAAGAAUUCAAUUAGUUUAAUAAGAACCUAAAAAUAGGCUGUAGCAUACCAUGCAAAACCACGCAAUAUCCCCCACUAAGACCCUUUUGAGCUGUAAACAAAAAAAAAAUACCCACUUACCCCAGCAACACAGUGAUGUGGCUGAAAUAAACUAGUUUCUUUGUGUUCUGUUUUCCUAAAUAAAUGACAGGAGAAAUGACUCCAGUUUCAGCAAGGUCUUAUCUGUACCGUUUUACUGUUUACUUAACGUUUCAACGGAAAUUAUUGGUUGUUCUGUCAAGGAAAUUUGUCAUUCAGGGAGUUUCCGUUAGAGUCAAGUGUCAACAAUUAAUAACCGACUACCGCCGAGCAAAUACCUUUAUAUGGCAGUGUUAUGUGGCUUUGCUCAGCAUUGCCAAGAGUUUCUAGACUAAGAUUCUUUAACACAGUGUCAACACGUGCACCUGUUCAUGUAUGAAUCUUCCUCCUAGGUCAUACUUGUUUCUUGAGACUUUUUAGUUUUGUGGUUUAAGUGUAACCUAGCAGUUAUCCUU